AUGGUGAAGAUUCAUCCCGGCACCGGGGAAGAGACAAGGUCGCCGUACUUGACGACGGAGAAAGAGAGUUUCACGAUUUGGAUGAAGUCAUUAGUGUUCAAUACUAAUGGCUGCACAGUCUUUGAUUCAAAAGGAAAUAUAAUUUAUCGUGUUGAUAAUUAUAAUUCUAAAAGCUGCCGUGAAGUUUAUCUUAUGGACUUACACGGCCAUGUCGUGUUGACCUUACGUAGACAGAAGUUUGGAUUAUUCAAAACCUGGGAAGGAUACAGAUCAACUUCGGGGACGGCUGAAUCAAGAACAAAGUUAGAAUAUUUUCGAGUGAAAAAUAAUAUUUUCAAGAUUCCGAGUAAAGAUUCAUCUUCUUCGUAUAGAGUCAUAACGGGGUCGUGUAGAAACGAUGAACAAUAUUGUUAUAAGAUGGUAACUCGGGGAUCAAGUUUAGGAAUAGAGGAGAGUUGUGGAAGACUUGUGGCAGAAGUGAAGAGAAAACAAUCGAGGAAUGGUUUGGUGUUAGGAGAUGAUGUUUUGACGAUGAUGGUUGAGUCACAAGUUGAUCAUUCUUUCAUAAUCGGACUUGUUUUAACACAUAGUCUUAUCAACUGUAAACUGUAA